GGCAUUUAUGGCACAAUGAUAAAUGUCAUCUUUCCCAGUAUGAUAUGAGGAUCAAUGAUGCAGACUGCUGGGUCCGAUGAAGCUGGGCAUUUAUAACUAGAUUCAUUAAGGAACACGAAGAAAAUAUUUCAAAGGAUCAAUAAUGGUGUCUUCUGGCUGCAGAAUGCGAAGUCUGUGGUUUAUCAUUGUAAUCAGCUUCUUACCGAAUACAGAAGGUUUCAGCAGAGCAGCUUUGCCGUUUGGGUUAGUCAGACGAGAAUUAUCCUGUGAAGGUUACUCUAUUGAUCUGCGAUGUCCGGGCAGUGACGUCAUCAUGAUUGAGAGUGCUAACUACGGGCGGACAGAUGACAAGAUCUGUGAUGCUGACCCCUUUCAGAUGGAGAAUACAGACUGCUACCUCCCAGAUGCCUUCAAAAUUAUGACACAAAGGUGCAACAAUCGAACACAGUGUAUAGUAGUGACUGGGUCAGAUGUAUUUCCUGACCCAUGUCCCGGAACCUACAAAUACCUUGAAGUCCAGUAUGAGUGUGUCCCUUACAUUUUUGUGUGCCCUGGGACCUUGAAAGCGAUUGUGGACUCGCCAUGUAUAUAUGAAGCUGAACAAAAGGCAGGUGCUUGGUGCAAGGACCCUCUUCAGGCAGCAGAUAAGAUUUAUUUCAUGCCCUGGACUCCCUACCGCACUGAUACUUUAAUAGAGUAUGCCUCUAUAGAAGACUUCCAAAACAGUCGCCAAACAACGACAUACAAACUUCCAAACCGCGUAGAUGGUACUGGAUUUGUGGUCUACGACGGUGCUGUCUUCUUUAACAAAGAAAGAACAAGGAAUAUAGUGAAGUUUGACUUGAGGACUAGAAUUAAGAGUGGCGAGGCCAUAAUUAACUAUGCCAACUACCACGACACCUCACCCUACAGAUGGGGAGGGAAGACUGAUAUCGACCUAGCAGUCGAUGAAAACGGCCUGUGGGUCAUUUAUGCCACUGAACAGAACAAUGGGAUGAUAGUCAUCAGCCAGCUGAACCCGUACACACUCCGGUUUGAAGCAACGUGGGAGACUGUGUAUGACAAACGUGCCGCCUCAAAUGCUUUUAUGAUCUGUGGAGUCCUCUAUGUGGUCAGGUCAGUUUACCAAGACAAUGAAAGUGAAACAGGCAAGAAUGCAAUUGAUUACAUUUACAACACCCGAUUAAACCGGGGAGAGUACGUAGAUGUUCCCUUCCCCAACCAGUACCAGUACAUUGCUGCGGUGGAUUACAAUCCAAGAGAUAACCAGCUCUACGUGUGGAACAAUAAUUUUAUUUUACGAUAUUCUCUGGAGUUUGGUCCACCUGAUCCUGCCCAAGUGCCUACCACAGCUGUGACAAUAACUUCUUCAGCUGAGCUGUUCAAAACCACAGUGCCAACCGCAAGCACUACUUCACAGAAAGGCCGCUCGAGCACCACUGUAGCUGGAUCCCAGGAAGGAAGCAAAGGGACAAAACCACCUCCAGCAGUUUCUACAACCAAAAUUCCUCCUGUAACAAAUAUUUUUCCCCUGCCAGAGAGAUUCUGCGAAGCAUUAGAAGCGAGGGGGAUAAAGUGGCCUCAGACACAAAGGGGAAUGAUGGUUGAACGGCCCUGUCCCAAGGGAACAAGAGGGACUGCCUCGUAUCUCUGCAUGGUUUCCACUGGAACAUGGAACCCUAAGGGCCCCGAUCUUAGCAACUGUACCUCACACUGGGUAAAUCAGCUGGCUCAGAAGAUCAGAAGUGGAGAAAAUGCUGCCAGUCUCGCCAACGAAUUGGCUAAACACACCAAGGGGCCGGUGUUCGCGGGCGACGUGAGUUCUUCGGUGAGGCUCAUGGAGCAGCUGGUGGACAUCCUGGACGCGCAGCUGCAGGAACUGAAGCCCAGCGAGAAGGAUUCCGCCGGAAGGAGUUAUAACAAGCUCCAAAAACGAGAGAAGACAUGCAGGGCUUACCUUAAGGCAAUUGUCGACACCGUGGACAACCUUCUGAGGCCUGAGGCUUUGGAGUCCUGGAGACAUAUGAAUUCUUCUGAGCAAGCACAUACAGCAACGAUGUUACUCGACACCUUGGAAGAAGGCGCUUUUGUCCUCGCGGACAAUCUCUUGGAACCCACAAGGGUCUCGAUGCCCACAGAAAAUAUUGUUCUGGAAGUUGCUGUUCUCAGUACGGAAGGGCAGAUCCAAGACUUUAAAUUUCCGCUGGGCAUCAAGGGAGCAGGCAGCUCAAUCCAGCUCUCUGCGAACACUGUCAAACAGAACAGCAGGAACGGGCUUGCAAAGUUGGUGUUCAUCAUUUACCGGAGUCUGGGACAGUUCCUCAGUACCGAGAACGCAACUGUGAAACUAGGCGCUGACCUCAUGGGUCGCAAUAGCACCAUCGCGGUGAACUCCCACGUCAUUUCCGUUUCCAUCAAUAAGGAGUCCAGCAGAGUGUACCUGACUGACCCCGUCCUUUUUACCCUGCCACACAUUGAUCCUGACAAUUAUUUCAAUGCAAACUGCUCCUUCUGGAACUACUCAGAAAGAACCAUGAUGGGAUAUUGGUCUACCCAGGGCUGCAAGCUGGUCGAUACUAAUAAAACUCGCACGACGUGUGCGUGCAGCCACCUAACCAAUUUCGCCAUUCUCAUGGCCCACAGGGAAAUUGCAUUGAAAGGUGGAGUGCACGAAUUACUUCUCACAGUCAUCACCUGGGUGGGAAUCGUCAUCUCUCUGGUUUGCCUGGCUAUCUGCAUUUUCACCUUCUGCUUCUUCCGUGGUCUACAGAGUGACCGAAAUACUAUUCACAAGAACCUUUGUAUCAACCUUUUCAUUGCUGAAUUUAUUUUUCUAAUAGGCAUUGACAAGACCAAAUACACGAUUGCAUGCCCCAUCUUUGCAGGCCUUCUGCACUUCUUCUUUCUGGCGGCUUUUGCUUGGAUGUGCCUGGAAGGGGUGCAGCUCUAUUUGAUGCUAGUGGAAGUUUUCGAAAGCGAAUAUUCCAGGAAGAAAUAUUACUAUGUCGCUGGCUACUUGUUUCCUGCCACAGUGGUUGGCGUUUCAGCUGCUAUUGACUAUAAGAGCUAUGGAACAGAGAAAGCUUGCUGGCUUCACGUUGACAACUAUUUUAUAUGGAGUUUCAUUGGACCUGUUACCUUUAUUAUUCUGCUAAAUAUUAUCUUCCUGGUGAUCACAUUGUGCAAAAUGGUGAAGCAUUCAAACACUUUGAAACCAGAUUCUAGCAGGUUGGAAAACAUUAAGUCUUGGGUGCUGGGCGCCUUUGCUCUUCUGUGUCUUCUUGGCCUAACCUGGUCGUUUGGGUUGCUUUAUGUUAAUGAGGAGACUGUUGUGAUGGCAUAUCUCUUCACCAUCUUUAAUGCUUUCCAGGGAGUGUUCAUUUUCAUCUUUCACUGUGCCCUCCAAAAGAAAGUACGAAAAGAAUAUGGCAAGUGCUUCAGACACUCGUACUGCUGUGGCAGUCUCCCUACUGAGAGCCCCCACAGUUCUGUGAAGGCGUCCACCACCAGAACCAGUGCUCGGUAUUCCUCUGGCACGCAGAGUCGCAUAAGAAGGAUGUGGAAUGACACUGUGAGGAAGCAAUCUGAAUCUUCCUUUAUCUCAGGUGACAUCAAUAGCACUUCAACGCUUAAUCAAGGAAUGACUGGCAAUUACCUACUAACAAACCCUCUUCUUCGACCCCACGGCACUAACAACCCCUAUAACACAUUGCUCGCUGAAACCGUUGUAUGUAAUGCCCCUUCAGCUCCUGUAUUUAACUCACCAGGACAUUCACUGAACAAUGCCAGGGAUACAAGUGCCAUGGAUACUCUACCGCUAAAUGGUAAUUUUAACAACAGCUACUCACUGCGCAAGGGGGACUACAAUGACAGUGUCCAAGUGGUGGACUGUGGACUAAGUCUGAAUGAUACUGCUUUCGAGAAAAUGAUCAUUUCGGAAUUAGUACACAACAACCUCCGGGGCGGCGGCAAGACCCACAACCUCGAGCUCACGCUCCCCGUCCAGCCUGUGAUUGGAGGCAGCAGCAGCGAAGACGACGCCCUCGUGGCGGAUGCCUCGUCCUUGAUGCACGGUGACAAUCCAGGACUGGGGCUCCAUCACAAAGAGCUCGAGGCUCCGCUUAUCCCCCAGCGGACUCACUCCCUUCUGUACCAACCCCAGAAGAAAGUGAGGCCCGAGGGAACCGACAGCUAUGUGUCGCAGCUGACGGCGGAGGCCGAGGACCACCUGCAGUCCCCCAACAGAGACUCUCUGUACACGAGCAUGCCCAACCUCAGAGACUCUCCCUACCCGGAGAGCAGCCCCGACAUGGAGGAAGACCUGUCUCCCUCCCGGCGGAGCGAGAACGAGGACAUUUACUACAAAAGCAUGCCAAAUCUUGGGUCUGGCCACCAUCAGCUGCAGAUGUGCUACCAGAUCAGCAGGGGCAACAGCGACGGGUACAUCAUCCCCAUUCACAAGGAAGGCUGCAUCCCGGAAGGGGACGUUAGAGAAGGGCAGAUGCAGCUGGUGACCAGUCUCUAACAGCACUGCUAAGGACCCCCGGGCCACACGCAAGUAUUAGUACAGAAAUAAAUACAGACUCUCGGCCCAGGGCAGCUCCCUCACAUUCUGCCGGAAGGGACCGCUCUGUUGACCUGUGGUUCUCUGGUGUAAAAAGCGCUCACUGAACCUCCUCGCAGUUCUGUGAAUUUUUAUAAAACGUACAAAAACUUUGUAUAUACACAGAGUAUACUAAAUGAAUUAUUUGUUACAAAGGAAAGAGAUGCCAACCAGGUAUUUUAAAAUUCUGCUGCUGUUUAGAGAAAUUGUGAAAGGAGCGAAACCCAACUUUCCAGCCAUUCUGCUGCAGCAGUCUGUGAACUAAAUUUGUAAAUAUGGCUGCACCAUUUUUGUAGGCCUGCAUUGUAUUAUAUACAAGACGUAGGCUUUAAAAUCCUGUGGGACAAAUUUACUGUACCUUACUGUUCCUGACAAGACUUGGAAAGCAGGAGAGAUAUUCUGCGUCAGUUUGCAGUUCACUGCAAAUCUUUUACAUUAAGGCAAAGAUUGAAAACAUGUUUAACCACUAGCAAUCAAGCCACGGGCCUUAUUUCAUACGUCUCCUCAGCUGUACAGUGAACUAUUCUCAUGAGAAAUGGCUAAAGAAAUUAUAUUUUGUUCUAUUGCUAGGGUCAAAUAAAUACAUUUGUGUCCAACGGAAAUAUAAUUGUCAUUAAAAUAAUUUUAAGAGUUUGAAGAGAAUAUUGGGAGCGGUCUUGGUUACACAUAACGUUACAAACUUUUUUCUCACACCUCGUCAUAGUAAGUUCUAUCCAUGCUCACUUACUUUCCACUGUAGACAGUGUCCUGCUUUGACCAGUUAGUCUCUAUCCUUACAUUUAAAUUUCUUAUUGCCAAAAGAACGUGUUUUAUGGGGAGAAAACUCUCUGAAGCCAGGUAUGCCAUGCCUUGCACAAGUGUGGUGAAAUCUCAGAGAGGUUGUGCGUUGACCCUCAGUUUAUUCUUGAACAGAGGGCGAACGGGGCACUGGGCACUUCUCACAAACUUUCUAGUGAACAAAAGGUGCCUAUUCUUUUUUUAAAAAAAUAAAAUAAAACAUAAAUAUUACUCUUC